CCUCGUGACAGACGCAGCUGUCACCAAAAUCAGCUUUUCUUUCUGUAUUUUAACAGCUCAAAAAACUGAAUAAAACAUCGUUAAAACAUCCCGCUAUGCAUUUUAUCUGACCACUUAAAGCGGUGCGCCGUAUGACAACGACCCGUUACUUCUAUACAUUGACGUUAAUAUCCUCCGACCUAUAACUGAAAGUAACCUCUGGCCAGCUAGCGUUAGCUCAGUCAGCUAGCUCUCCAUGGCAACCCUGCGGGUCCUGUGCAUCCAUGGUUACCGUCAGAACGGCAGCUCGUUCCGCGGGAAAACGGGAGCUCUGCGGAAGCUGCUGAAGAAACAAGUGGAGCUUGUUUACCUGAGUGCACCGCACAGUGUGCCGCAAAGCAGCGGCGAAGAAGCUCCAGAGAAGGAGAAUGGUUCUGGACCUGAAGGCGAUGAGGACUCCAAGGGGUGGUGGUUUUCCGACAUCCAGGCUCGGAGUUUCAACGCCCAGCAGCAGUGUGAGGAAAGCCUGGGGCUCAACGAGAGCGUGGUGGUCGUGAGAGAAGCUGUGAAGGUCCAAGGUCCGUUUGACGGCAUCCUGGGCUUCAGUCAGGGAGCAGCUUUUGUGGCCAUGCUGUGCUCUCUUCAGGAGCAAAAACUGGAGCCAGAGUUCAGCUUCCGCUUUGCCAUCCUUGUCGCUGGUUUCCGCAGCGCAUGUGAGGAACAUCAGACGUUCUACAACACGCCUCUCCAGAUCCCGUCCCUGCAUGUGUUUGGACUGGAGGACAGAGUCAUCCCGGACAACAUGAGCAGGGAGCUACUCCCCUCCUUCCAAGACCCUCAGGUCCUGACACAUCCUGGUGGGCAUUUUGUUCCUGCUGCAUCUGCUCACAGACAAACCUACCAGGACUUUCUCAAGAGGUUCCAGUGAGAGAUGAAAGUCACAGAAACUCAGGCGAAGGGCCAGGGAAUGCUGAUCGUUUAAUGUUCAGAAAAAUCUUGUGAUAACAUAAUUGAUACCAGAGGCACUUAAAAAAUGCCAAGUUUAGAAUCAUGACCUUUCAUGCUCUGGAAGCUGAUCUGAUCCUUCCAACAGUGCAGUGACUGCUGUCCUUCUCAGGGAAGAUAUCUUGUAACAGACAAUAAAUCGACACUUGUAAUGUAA